AAAAAAACAACUAUUUUCUUCCAAAAAGCACACACACACCUGAAUCUUAUCCAAGAUUCUCAUAAUUUCUCAUGGCCCUCACUGGAGCACGGCCGAUCCUAUGUCGCCUCGGCGCCGAUAAGCCGGCGGCGCCCGAGCCCGUGAGGCUGAAGGUGGCGGAGGAUGUCGGCGCCGGGGCGAAGAUCGUGCUGCAGCCAAGGGUCUGCACGCUGCGGACUUAUGGCGGCGAUCGCGGCGGCGUAAUCAAGGCCGCCAGAAAGGAGGUUGAGAUGUCGAGAUUCUUUGAGAUGCUGUCGGAUUAUGUUGAGAGCUCCAAGAAAAGCCAUGAUUUUGAGAUCAUCUCUGGUCGUCUUGCCAUGAUUGUAUUUGCAGCAACAGUUGGCGUGGAGAUUGUGACAGGGAAUUCAGUGUUCAGGAAGAUGGAUUUGGUAGGUAUAGAGGAAGCCGCGGGUGUCUGCGCGGCCGCAGUGGCCAGCGCCGCAGUCUUCGCGUGGUUUUCGAUCAACCGUAACAGAGUGGGGCGGAUCCUUACCAUCGGAUGCAACACCUUCAUUGACUCGCUCAUCGACAACAUUGUCGAUGGCUUGUUUUAUGAUUCCGAUUUCAAUGAUGAAAUGUAGCCGUAUUUAAUUUCAUGCUAUUUCCCUUGGUUUAGGGUAGUCGACGCUCAAAUACAUAUGGUGCAAUACAAAAAUGUAAUAGGAAAAUUGUACUUAUAUGCAUAUACGGAGUACUUGGAAAUAUUACUUUCUACAAGUAAUAUAUGGAGAGAUGUGAGAUUGAUAACGUUGUAAAAAUAGGUAAUGAAAACUACUAUUAUUAAUAUAUAAAUGGUGUGUAAAGUACCGUUUUUAUUUUUUUCA